CAUACUUUGUGCCCUAUUUAUAAAGCACUCAUCUCUCAUCUCUCGCUUUUUAAUUUUUUACUCUAGUUCUUCAGGCAACAUGAGCCGAGGGAGAAGGCACACUCUCUUAGCUUAUAAAUGCUGGACUAACGAAUCAACCGGCGCUUUUCUCGAGUGGUUUGUCAAUGACGAGAACAGAUGUAAAUGGGAGAUGGUCCGCAAGUUCAAAUCAACGUCUCCCCAGGCCCAAGUUGUCUUCAACAUGAUCCGCGAGAGCAACGAGCUCUUGAGCGAGUACACUAACCAGUCCCUGUAUCUCAGACAAAUCGCACUCAAGACAAUCUUUAAAAACCACACUGCUAGUCUGACCACUGGCGUGCUCUUCGUGGCCAAGAACGUCAAUGUGAGAAUCGAGGAGCUAGUGAUGGCGUUUGGCAGCAUUAAUCAAGAUGGUGCUAUUAAUGCUGCUAAUUCUGCCAAUGUUGCUGUGAUGCAGCCGCUUAUAGUGUCAGCUCAGGAAGCGCCAGUCGUGAUUGAAAUCAGCAGUGACGAUAGCGACAGUGAUGCCAGAAGAGCAACUCAAGCGGGUCAGACACCGAGAAACAAUGCCAAGAGUGCCGCGCAGCGAGUCAAGCUGAAUAAGAAACGCAAAAAAGGCCGCAAAACCAAGAAGCGCGCUACGCCGUCUGGCUCGGACAACAGGGAAGUUAGCCCCCAUGAGAAUAGGAACAUCUCAUCAGAGCUGUUUAAUCCUAGUAACGCGUCAGAUACACUUUACUCCCCGUCCAAUUUCCCAUCUAGCUGUCCUUUUGACUAUUCGAGCCCACCAGUCAGCAGGCGUCAGAGCGUCUCUGAGUAUCUCGAGUUUACGCCGCAAUCAAUGUCGCCCGCAAGCCGCAACAGUGCAAGCAAUUUCGACACCCAAUUCGAACCAAGCGCUUCGCCAUUUUUGCACGCAAAAUACCCGGCGCUGAAUCCGACACAGUUCAAUAUGGAUAAUACCAACUUAAGCGAGAUUAUCCACACGCCUUUGUCGCCCUCGCUACCACCAGCCGUUGUUUCAUUAGCCGCGUCACAGCAUCUUACUGCAACUCCACCACCGCCAAUGCUACUUCAAAACAACGUGUCAAGCAACAAUUGGCAGAGCAUGCCAAGCACAGCUGUGGAAUCCAGGAGUAUGGAUCAUAUCUGCUCGGCUAUUGAAUACAUGCGCGACAACUUGGACCGCCUGAUGGAGAAAAUGGGCCAUAUCUCUACCGGUCCAACGCCUUUACCCACUAUUUCCAGGCGUAUUAAAGUCACUCAGCCGGUGGACAAGUCUCGCAAGAAACAAAAGAAGAAGCGUAGGAUCGAGUAAGCAAAAAAGAG